CACUUCAUAUUCUCUACUGCUCACUAGUGUUACCAUAUCUGAGUUAAUGUGUAGAAAUAUGGCGAAACAACUAUAAAAAAGAUCAAUUAGAAUAAUACAAAUUGAUACCAAUACCAAUUUGAUUCAGUUUAUGAGACUGUUCAAACUACAAGUGUUCACAAAGUACACAGAACAAUAAUUAUAAUGAACAUCUUGAACCCUUUUUUAUCUCUUUUGACAUAAAUAUUAUUUAUGUAUUUAAUAUUUGUUUACUUACUAUGGUAUAUUAUUUAUUUGUUCACUGUUCUGUUACAGAGAACAAGGAAAUGGGAUAAAAUUGCUACAGUAUGAAAAGGGGUAGGAUUAAAUAAACUCCCCUUCUUCCUACUCCUUUUCGGACGUGCUGUAAUGAAACAACUGGAAAUAUGUGAUGCGUUACAUUGUAUCGUAUGCAUGUUCGAAAUAAACUGAAACUGAACUGAACUGAACUGAACUUCUUUGGCAUUGAAAUCAUUCCUGAUCAAGUCUUAAUUUACCGUCUCAUCUUAUUCUUGCUGUUAUCUCAGUGCAAGUUUUAACUGGACAACAACUUCACCAUACAAAGCAUUUCUUGCAUGAUCAUUGCUUUUGAAAGCACAUAUCAGAGGAAGGGGUCUAAGCAAGAAUGUUGUCCCGCCUCCAGAAUUAGUAGUUGGGUGGUUUUAGGCAACCUAACCAGUUUUGUCCAGUUUCACUGCAACUGUCUCCACUGUAGGUAAGCUGAUCCCCUUUUUCAGUGUGAAUGUCCAGCUGCAGGUUUUGCACUAAUUUUCGUCUUUUAUAUCGUAGCUAUUGAAACUUUUGAAGUCAUGUCGACGGCAUUUACGCACUCAUUGUUAUCCUGAAGAUGAUGAUGAUGUCGAAUGUUACAGCAUAUUACCGCUUAACCAGAGGGGCCUUUGCCAAUGAGGAAGACGUAGGCCGUAGGUCUGCGGAGGAGAAGAAGAAGAUGCUGAGAACCGAUCCAGAAGUAGAGCGAGUUCGAAGAUGUCACCUGAAUGACUUGGAGAACGUCGUUCCCUUCGUGCUGGUCGGAUUGUUCUACGCUUUGAGCGGACCGGAACUCUCGUCUGCUCUGCUACACUUCCGCAUAUUCGCCGGCGCUCGGAUCUUCCACACCUUCUCCUACCUCGGCCAUCUUCCACAACCCUGCAGGGCUCUGUCUUUCUUCCUGGGCCUUCUGGUCAGCCUCUCCAUGGCGUACGAAGUUCUCAGUAAUGUUUUUGCUAUCUGAUGAUGACGGCAGCAGACCAACAAGACCACUCAGCUUAGUGCUUCACUCUCAGGUUAAAUUUGCUUUGUUGUUCAAGGUUUUGAACAUGAUUUGUAAUAAUUAUUCAUGAAACACAGUUGAAAAUACCAAAUAAAACACAUUUUGUAGUGCUUGUUAAAAGAAAUGAAUACUUUAAUCAAUAUUAUGGUUAAGAAAACAUAUGCAACACCCCAGCUUGUUAUACUGUUGUAAAGAUCAUCUGUGAUGAUCCGCUGCCCGGAUCAUAUUCUGUUUACGUUUUCAAGUCACUUUGGUUUUCAGCACCUCUUGAGUUUGUUUGUUUCAGUUGCCAUGACGGUAGAUUGCACUCAGCUGCCUCUGGUUACUGUUCGAGACGCUCACCUGUUGUCCGGGCACUAAUCAGAGGGCUAUUUAGUCUUUGCCCUGGCCUCACUCGGUCUGGCUUCCUAAUUUGCUAUUUGCAACAGUUGAUGACUUUUGUUUCAUGCUCUGUACCUGCUAGCUUCCACGCUAGGCUCUUUGACUUGCUAGCUCCCACGCUAGCCCCUUUAGAUUUUACCUUAAGUGCUAUGAGCACGUUUUUCUUUUGUUCCCGUCUGAUUUAUUCCUUAAAUAAAUAAUUUUUCUACCUGCACGCUGUGUCCGAAGUCCGUUGCAUCCUGAGAGAAGAAAACCCCGCAUCACCAUGUGACCCGGUCGUCACAUAAUCAUCCCUUUACAAGUUCGUGCUUGAUCCGAACCCAUUAAAUUCCCUGAGUGACUUACAGGAAACACAAUGUCAUGUGACAGUCAUGUGACUCCCAGGAUGUGACUUCCUCAAAAUGGCAGUCUGACAGGUAAGCUAGCUUAUUUCCAACAGCUAACUUUUUGCUAUAAAACGUCAUUUUAAAGCCAUUUAACAAUAAUGGUUCAAUAGGAUGGCAAAUCUUACAAUUGACAUUCUAGUCUUGAAUUCAUAUCUAAACAAGUUAACAAAAUAUCGCAAUCAGGCUUUUAGCUCUAAAAUGGCUAAAGCAAGCCUUACUACUAACUUCUAAAAAGCCAUUCAUGCCGCUGUAAAGCAGCUGUUUACAAACUUUACCCAGAUGAUAAAUUUGUAAGUGACUUAUGGCUUUUAGGACAUAAUGACAUACACUACCUACACGUACUUAACACAUGCACGCGAAUUAGCUUUGUGUAUUGUUAGUUAAUGAAAGCUAUUUAGCUAGCCAACGUUAGCUCUCAUUGAAUGUUUAUUCU